UUGUGUAUCAUUGAAUUGCUCUCGUAUAAUGUCAGUUAUUUUUACGUGUUUUUUAAAUAUAAUUUAACAAACAAUUAUUUUAACUUUUAAAAACAUAAAUGGCAUACAUUACUCCUAUAUCUUAUUAUAUUUUAAUCCCAGUAGGAAUUCUUCUCUUAAUUUAUCUUUUUCUCACAAAACACUUCGAUUAUUGGUAUAAUCUUGGAAUCCCCGAAGUACCUCCAAUAAUUUUUACAGGUUCAAAAGGCUUAGAUUUCAGAACUCCAAUGGGAAAAUUAGAUCAAAAAUGGUACGAAAAAUACGGCAAAAUUUUUGGUAUUUAUGAAGGUUUUACUCCAGUUCUUAUGAUAGCAGAACCAAAGUGGAUAAGGAAUAUUUUAGUUAAAGAUUUUCAAUACUUUGUGGAUUUAAGAACCCCUCUAUUUGUCGAUCCUAUUAUAGAUAGGAUGCUUUAUGUACAAACUGGUAAAAAAUGGAGACAAAUGAGAGUGUUGAUAACUCCUACUUUUACUUUUAGUAAAAUAAAAAUGAUGACCAAUUUAAUUAUUGAAUGCGCCCAAACUUUAGCAGAGAAUUUGUUUGAAGUUGCUGAAGAAAUGAUAGAAGUCGACAUUGAAAAAUACUUCGGUGCAUAUUUUAUAGAUGUUAUUGCUAAAUGUGCCUUUGGUAUUACAUUAGAUUCGCAAAAGGAUCCAAAUAAUCCUUUUGUGAAAGCUGCCAGAAAUACUAUAAAUCCUGGUCCAUGGAAAGUUUAUUUAUCAAUUUUCUUUCCCAAUUUGACUAAAUUCCUUCGUUUAUCUGUUUUUGCUCGUUCUACAACACGACUUUUUAAGAAAUUGCUCGAAGAAGCAAUAGACAAAAGGAAGAAAAUGAAAGAUGAAGAAAAACCAAAUGAUAUUCUACAGUCGCUACUGGAAAUACGAAUUAAUGAUAUUAUUGCAAAAAAGUUCGAAAAGAAAGUUUUUGAAUUUGAAGAUAUAAUGGCCCAGUGCAUGAUGUUUUUCGUCAAAGGUUAUAUGUCAACAAAUGCUACAUUUACAUUUUUAGCUCAUGAACUUGCUAAACAUCCAGACAUUCAAGAGAAACUUAUAAAGGAAAUUGAUGAAACUUUUAAGGAUAAAAAAGAAAUAAAUUAUGAUUCGAUUGUUGGAAUGAAUUAUCUUGACGCAGUUUUUCAGGAAACGUUGAGAUUAUACACCCCUUUACCGAGAUUGGAAAGAACAUUGACAAAAGAGUAUAUGUUUGAAAAUACUGGAGUAAAAAUACCGACACAUACAAUUGUAGCAAUUCCAACAUAUGCUAUACAUCACGAUCCACAAUACUUUCCUGAUUCAGAUAAAUUUAUUCCUGAGAGGUUUUUAUCCGAAAAUAAACAGACCCUCUAUCCCUAUACUAAUUUACCUUUUGGAGCAGGACAAAGAUAUUGCUUAGGUAUGAGAUUAGCUACUCUUGAAAUUAAAAUUGCUUUGAUAAAAACACUCCAACGUGUCAGGUUUAGAAGAGGAGCUAACACAAAGGAUCAACCGGAGUUCGAUAAAAACAAGAGGCUCCAUUAUCCCAAAAACGUGUUUCUUAAUUUUGAUUUCAAAAUGGCUGAUCUGUAUGGAAUUUCGUAUUACGUUUUGAUUCUUUUCGGAAUCUUCUUAGCACUUUAUCUUUAUUUAACACGAUAUUUUGGAUAUUGGAGUAAACUCGGAGUACCUGAAGUGCCUCCAAUGAUUUUCACGGGAUCAAUGCGUUUAGAUUUUAGCACUCCUCAUGGUGUACGUGAGCAGAAAUGGUACAAGAAAUACGGAAAAAUUUUUGGAAUUUACGAGGGAUCAAAUCCAGUUCUUAUGAUAGCUGAUCCAAAUUUAAUGAAAGAUAUUUUAGUAAAAGAUUUUCAAUCUUUUAUGGAUUUAAGAAAUCUUAAAUUUGGAGAUCCAAUUAUUGACAGGAUGCUCUUUGUACAAACCGGUAAAAAAUGGAAAGACAUGAGAAGUAUUAUGACUCCCGCUUUCACUAUUAGUAAAAUGAAGAUGAUGACAAAGUUAAUUAAUGAAUGUGCCCAAAUAUUAAUCGAUAAUUUCUUAGAAGCAGCUGGAAAUAAAAUAGAAGUUGAUAUUGAUGAGUAUUUUGGUGCGUAUAUUACAGAUGUUACUGCUAAAUGCGCUUUUGGUAUUACAUUAGAUUCGCGAAAGGAUCCAAGUAAUCCUUUUGUAAAGGCUGUCAGAAAAACUAUGAGUCCUGUUCCAUGGAGAGUUUAUUUAUCAAUUUUAUUCCCUGGUUUGGCUAAAUCCCUUCGUUUAUCAUUCUUUGAUCCUACCACAUCCCAAUUUUUUAAGCAAGUCAUAAUGGAAGUGAUCGAGCAAAGGAAGAAAAUGAAAGAUGAAGAUAAACCAAACGACUUUCUACAGUCUCUUUUAAAUCUAGAGAGAGACGUUAAUAAUGCCGAAAAGAAAAGUUUAGAAUUGGAGGAUAUAGUAGCCCAAUGCAUCAUGUUCUUCAUCGCAGGCUACAUUACAACAAAUGCUACAUUUUUAUUUGCUGUGUAUGAACUUGCUGUACAUCUAAACAUCCAAGAAAAACUUAUAAAAGAAAUUGAUGAAACGUUUAAGGAUAAAGAAGACGUGGAUUAUGAAUCAGUUAUUGAGAUGAAAUAUUUAGACGCGUUUCUUCAAGAGAUACUCAGAUUAUAUACGCCAUCACCGAGGCUGGAACGAGUGGCAACACAAAAUUAUAUGCUAAGUAAUACAGGAAUAUUGAUCCCAAAAAAUUCUCUUGUAGGCAUGCCUAUUUACGCUUUAUGUCGGGAUCCUCAAUAUUUCUCAGAUCCUGAUAGAUGUAUUCCCGAAAGGUUUUUACCAGAAAAUAAAGAAGAUAUCAUUCCUUAUAUUAAUUUACCAUUUGGAAUAGGACCUAGAUAUUGUUUAGGAAUGAAAUUUGCCAUGCUAGAGAUAAAAAUAGCUCUGAUUAAAGUUUUACAAUGUGUCAGAUUAAGAAGAGGAACGAACACAAAGGAUCGACCUGAACUAGAUGCCGCCAAAGUCCUUCAUUAUCCAAAGAAUGCAUUUCUUAAAUUAGAGUUGAGAAAAGAUAAAGUAAUCAGAAAAUGAAACCUUUAAUUAUAUUUCUAUUGUAUGGUUAUGGCUAUUUAGUCACAUGAUUGUCCUUCAUUUCACUUAACAGUAGGCUCUAAUUUUAAAAAAUUAAUAUCUUAGAAUUAACAGUUAAAAAUGAUAUUUCUAAAAAUUAAUUUAUUCAUGAAUAUUUUUAGUUUUGUUUUAUUCUCUGCAGUAUUAGUCCAAGAAAAGAGUAGAGUAAUCCUGUGUUAUUUAAUUGAUUUAAAUAUGAAUUAAAUCUAUAAUGAGUUGAAAUGUUAAAAGUUUAUAAUAAGGAUUUAAAUGUUUAUUUUCUUAUAAUUUAAAUUUUUCAAUACACCUUCGAACACACUGAUUACAAAUUGAACUUAUUUCAAUACAAAAUAAUUAAUUCUUUGUUAUUUUAAGUUUGCCACAAAUAAAUAUAAUUACGUGGCUUUAAUUCAGGAAAAUGAGCUAAUAAAAUGAAAUUUCC